GCAGCACCAGCAGUCAACAUGCAGUGGCCGGUGGUUGUAGCAGCGCUCCUGGUGGCCACUGUGUCUGCUGACACAGACGUAGCCCACAAGCAACAGAGCGUUAACCGUCUCCUCUACAAGGUUACCAGCCACAUCCCAUCAACCUUCACCCAUCUUAAGGAAGCAGCUGAAACCAGGAACCCCAGAGAGCAUGCUGAUCACUGCAGCGAUGGUGGCACGGCCGUAAACCACCUGAUGGAUGAGCUGGAGCAUCACCGUUUGCUCGAGCAGCAUCACUGGUUCUCCCUCUUUAACGAGCGUCAGCGUGAGGAAGCCCUCAUGCUCGUCGAUGUAUUGCUGCACUGUACAGACUUUGAAGCCUUCGAGAGCAAUGCUGCUUACUUCCGUGAGCAUAUGAAUGAAGGAGAGUUUGUUUAUGCUCUCUAUGUAGCUGUGACCCAUUCUGACCUAACACAUGAUGUGGUGUUGCCACCUCUAUAUGAGGUCACCCCUCAUUUGUUUACAAAUUCGGAAGUUAUCGACAAGGCUUAUGCCGCUAAGAUGACAAACACACCAGGCAACUUUAAGAUGGAAUUUACCGGCAAGGAUUAA